AUGAAAAUGGAUUCACUUCACAAUGAGCAGGACACAGAAAAGGGCGCCUCCCACCACGAGGAGAUCAUUGCCUCCUUCAGCCCAGCAGAGCAAAAGAAACUCAUUCGAAGGAUUGACAUACGACUCGUCAUCACACUCGGGUUUCUAUACUGCGUCAGUCUCCUUGACAGGACGAAUCUCGGAGCUGCAUCUGUUGCUGGAAUGCAAGGAGACCUGAAAAUGAACGCAACCAACAACGGAUACAGCAUCACAUCGCUAGUCUUCUUCAUUACCUACACGAUCUUCCAAAUCCCAGCCACUGUCAUCAUUCGCAAGAUUGGACCCCGACUCUUUCUCUCAGGCAUCGUAAUUUUAUGGGGAGCGGUCAUGCUUGCUUUCGGUUUUGUCCCAAACUGGGAAACAAUGGCCGGUCUACGUAUCAUUCUUGGUGCCUUGGAAGCAGGCCUUUACCCUGGCAGCGUCUAUCUGCUCAGCACAUGGUAUCCGCGCUACGAACUUCAAAAACGCAACGCAACCUUCUAUCUCAUUGGAAGCAUGGCUUCUGGCUUCGGAGGGAUUCUCGCAUAUGGUCUUAUGCAAAUGGACGGGCUAGCUGGUAGAGCUGGCUGGCGAUGGAUCUUCAUUAUUGAAGGGCUCUUGACCUGUGUGUUAGGAAUCGGAUCCUACAUACUACUCGUCGAUUUCCCCGAACAAUCACCAAAAUCCUGGAAAUUCCUGAACGAGUCAGAAGCCUCAUUUGUGAUUGCAAAGAUCCAAGCGGAUCGAGCAGAUGCUUCGGUGGAGCCCUUUUCAAUGGGUAAAUAUCUUGCUAACUGCAAAGACAGCAAAGUCUGGGCUUAUGCGUCUUUGUAUAUGCUCACGACAACAAACAGCUACUCUAUUGCAUACUUCCUGCCUAUAAUUCUGGAAAAAAGUAUGGGAUUUUCUGUUGCAAAGGCUCAGUGUCUUGUUGCACCGCCGUAUGUGGCUGCUGCAAUUGUGAUGUUUGUCCAGGCUGUUUACUCUGAUAAAUGGCGACUUCGUGGUCCGAUUGUCGCUGGUAAUGCGCUGAUGGGACUUCUCGGUCUUGGGCUUCUGGGAUACCUCAAUGAUCCGGCACCCAGGUACUUUGGUGUCUUCUUGGCCACUAUUGCUGCAAAUGCGAACUGUCCUGCGUUGGUUUCCUGGCAGAGUAAUAACAUUCGCGGUCAAUGGAAGCGGGCUUUCACAUCGGCAACACUUAUCGGAGGGGGAAGCAUAGGAGGCAUUAUUGGAACGACCGUCUUCCGCGCCCAAGAUGCGCCAAAUUACCGUCCAGGCUUGCUAUGCGCCAUGCUAGCCAAUGCACUGGUCGUUUUGAUCGUGGGUGCAAUGACUUGGAAGUUUCAACGGGCAAAUCGGCGCGUCGAGGCAGGCGGCAAGCCUAUUGAGGGACAGAUUGGGUUCAAGUACACAUACUGA